CUUCCUUAAAUUAAAUGUCGUGCCAGUGGGCUCUGUAUUACGUAACGAGGCCUUGGUGGUCACGUGAUAGUUUUGCGGCUCGGAUCGAGUCGGUACAUCUCGUCCCUCUGACGGAGCUUUAAUCUACCCCAAGGCGUAACGACUGCUGGAGACAUCGCUGAUCGUUUCGACCGGAUUUUCUGAACAACGCACUAAAAAAAUAUGGACGGCAGGAGCUACGGUUCUGGUUACUCCAGUUGGGGAGGUGGCGGGUCAGGCAGCAGAGGUUCUGGUGGCUUUGACCUGUAUGGGGGAGGUUAUAAGGAUUCAAUGUCUGGGCUCGGGGGCUAUGGGGGAGGAGGAGGAGGAGGAGGAGGUGGAGGCCACAUGAAGAGAGGUCUCUCGGGCGCGUCCCUGCUCUCAUCCACAGGGACCCACGCAGAUGCAGUCAUUGCCAAGAUUAACCAGCGCCUGGACAUGCUCACUCAGUUGGAGGGGGGGUUGAAAGGGUCUCGGGGUGACAGGUUUGACCACUACGAGUCAUUCGACUCGCGCACCUCCGGUCUCACCUCCUCCCGAGAUCUCUACAGAUCUGGCGGCAGUAGCUAUGGUUAUGGCGAUGGCCGUGAUGACAACAUGCUGUUGAGUCAGCGAGGAGGCUCGGGCUUCGGAGGGGGAAUUGGGCUAGGGGGAGGGGGAGGCUUUGACAGCCCCUCCUCUUCCUAUGGAGUCGCUAAAAUGCGACAGAAUAUGAGGGACUCCUUCAGCGGUGGCCAGGGAGGAGGUUCUGGAGGUGGAGGAUGGCCUGGAGCAGGCCGACGUUCCCCCAGAAGGGGUGGAGGUUCCGGGGGUCGAGGAGCUGGAGGAGGGUUUGGAAGCCGCAGGUCUGACCCCACUCCAUUAGGCGGAGGUGGGCGGGGAAGUGGCAGUGGUGGCCAGUCCCACCGCGGCCACUCUCCAGGAGGUGGUAGAGGCAAGCUCCCAUCCCUCCUGUCCAACCGCAUGUACCCUGAGAGUGGGGGCUUCCAUCAGGGUUCCACUCAAGGGCCUCACGACUUCCCUGGGAGGCAUUUUGGAGGGGGCCCCCGGGCUGGCCGCCAGCGAGGCCGCAAGAGACCCCUCAACAAACAGGUGAAGCCACAGCGUGAUGUCCAGAAGAAGAGGAAGCAAACACUUAGUGGAGGUGAUGAGCCAGAGUCAAAGAUGAACAGGACGGAGAGUGCAGGGUCAGAAGCUACCCAAGAGCAAGCAGAGAAAAAUGGUGACGACAGUGAGCCUAAGACUUCAGCUGCGGAGACAAAAUCUACCGAUGGAGAUAAAGCUUCACCCAAACAGGAAGAGAAGAAAAGUCCCCAGGGCAAACAGACCCUGACCCCAGGUCAGGAAAAGCACCCAAAAGCGAGGAAGAGAAGGGGUUUCCUGGAGAGGGUGAUGUUUGCCUGCUCUGUGUGCAAGUUCCGUUCAUUCUAUAAGGAGGAAAUGGAAACUCACCUUGACAGCCGCUUUCACAAGGACCACUUUAAGUUCCUUUCCGGCCAACUGUCCAAGCCCACUACAGACUUCCUACAGGAGUAUUUGCAGAACAAGUUUAAAAAGACAGAGCAGAGGGUUGGCCAGUUGGAAAAUCACAGUGCUGCCAUCUGCCAGGUGUACAAAGAGCAGGACCUCACCAGGGAUCUUGGUAUGGAGCACUUCAUGAGGAAGGUGGAAGCUGCCCACUGUGCAGCAUGUGACCUUUUCAUUCCCAUGCAGCCACACCUGAUACAGAAACACAUCAAGUCCCCUGACCACAACUACAACAGGAAGGGUAUGAUGGAGCAGUCCAAGAGGGCCAGUCUGUCAGUUGCUCGUAGCAUCCUCAACCACAAACUCAUUGGCAAGAAGCUGGAGAGUUAUCUCAAGGGGGAAAACCCAUUCAUUGGUAAUCAAGACGACCAGGAUCCAGAGGACUCCAUGGUGAUGGAUGUCUCUGAGAUGGAGUUAACCAGUGAGAAAGCAGACGACCAGACAGAGGCAACACCAGUCAAGGGGGUGCCGGUGAGCGAUUGGGAGACGAGCCAAGAGGUGGCCGAGGGUGAAGCAGCAGCAGCAGCAGAAACAAAGGCAGAGGCAGAGGAGGAGGUAAAGAUGGAGGAGGAGCAAGGAAUGGAGGGAGAGGAGGAGCAGGGAAAUCCGGAAGAGGAGGAACAGAGGAAUCAGGAAGAGGAGGAGCAGAGGAAUCAGGAAGAGGAGGAAGGUUUUGAAGUUGAGGAGGAGGAGGAAGAGGAGGGAUAUGUGGUGCACGAUGAGAUUAACGACGAGGGAUUACAGGUUGAUCGUGACGGGGACGAGGAGGAGGAGGAGGAAGGAGUGGAGGCAGCAGAAGUAGAGGAGGAAGACAAGAAUGACGAAUGACUUUUGCACCCUGUGUGUGACUUCUCGAUCUUACCGUCUGUCCGGACCAGUCACCCCACGCUCACAUUCAACCAAAUCUCAUUGCCAGGCACGUUGUGAAAAAUACAUACCUGCGACCACCAUUUUUCACUGUCUAAUGACUCUGAGCUUGUAUCAUUUUAUUUUUGUAUUAAUGGAAUAACUCCACAUCUUGGGAAAUGCUCUUGUUCACUUUCUUUUCAACAGUUGGAUGAUUAGAAAAACAAGUUAUGCUACCGAACUGUGUUAUGUAUGCCUACGAACUCUUUUGAAGUGUUGAUGGUCGGUGGAUUUCCCAGAAUGUCCAAGUAUUCCUCUUAAUAGUUCUCAUUGUGCCUUUUCUUUAAAGUACUCUUUAUUUAGGUUAAUUUGUUUAGAAUCGUUUAAGAAAAAUUCUGAGUAUUGUAAGGUUAAGAGAUAUUGUGUACUUUUUUUCUUAUCAGAGUUACUGUCAUAGCCUUUUGUCCAUGCCAGUAUUGAUGAUGGUGAGUAGAUGAUUUUCCAAGCUUUUGGUAAAAUCUAUCACAUGCUGGGCUUUUUAUUCUUCAACUUGAGGUAAUAGAGGGGACUGUCUGUUGAACAAGUAUGUAAUAUUUAGAAUGGAUAUCAGUCAUGUAACAAAGUCUUGUUUCACUCCGAGUAAGAAAUAAACUUGUUGAAUAAAUAAUUGUUUCACUG